AUGGAGUCGUCAAUGCGUCAUUCUCCGAACACUCCGAACGGCGACCGCUCAGCAUUCAGAGACCUUCUCAAAUCACGUCAACAAAAUCGCAACGGCGUGCGCGGAAACCCCAAGUCGUGUCUGCCGUGUCGAGAGCGAAAGGUGAAAUGCGACAAGGCAUUACCGUGCUCAACGUGCGACAAGCGUGGGCAUCCAGAUCUAUGCGAGUAUGAAAUUCACACACGUCAAUCGUCUGGCAUACCGAGGUCGCCAGCACGAUCCGCGCGAGGAACACCUGUGGCCAGUCGAACCCCAGAUAGGACUCAAGAAAGCGAGCCACAACUAGACGCGGCCAAUUUCGACUACCUUGAUGGACCGACGGGGGCCCCUUCUCCUAACCCCACAGCUCUCAGAGUACCGAAUCCUGACGCGUUAGCAUCGUCGGGGAAUGCGUCCACGACGCGCCAAGGUGGCGAUGCACUAUUUCUGGCGAAUACUUCGGUAGUGGACAUGGUUCGAAGGCGCUCUGUUCGGUCCAGGGAUGAUCCAGCUCGACAGUCAGCCUUCGAGACAGGUAUCCUACCUCUACUAGGUGUGAGCGAAGACAUAGCGACGUCCAUAUCCUCGUAUCAAUCUCUGCCAAGUGACCAAGAAAUUGUCAGACUUUUUGAAAUAUUUCGUCGCCGCGUGCACCCUUUUCACGUCAUCACUUGCAAUCUAGAUGUUAUCGAGAAAAGAAUCUGCCGGCUGGUCAGUGCACGAAGCGACCCAGAUUUUGGUAAUGGUUCCGAGUCUCUUGAGGAUCCCAGGUGGCUGUCUCUGCUCCACGCCGUCUUGGCAGCCGGAGCUCAGUUCUCCGAUAUGAACUUGCAAGACCGCAUUACAGUAUCACAACGCCACAUGAAGCAGGCAUUUCAUCUACUCCGAUCAACAGAUUAUCUCGUCAAUCCAUCUCAGGAGGCCGUUCAGACGCUUCUAUUACUGGGGAAUGUGCUUCAGAAUGAUAUGAAACCCCAGGCCGCCUUUGUUCUCGGGGGCACAACCAUCCGACUUGCGCAAUGCCUCGGACUUCAUCGGAAGUCAAACCGUUCACCCACCUCUCCACUACCAGAUGAAGAGACGAAAUACCUGAGAUUGGCAAUCGUUUGGCAAGACUCUCUGCUCGCGCUUGCUUUCGGUCGUCCACCGGCGUCAUACGAUCUGGACUUUGAAGAAGAUCUUCCACGGCUCACAGACUCCGUCGAAGGUCAAGGCCUCUCCUACCUCCAAGCCAUGAGCUGGCUCUGUCACGUGACACUACGCCAUCUUUCGUUCCGUUCCCAAGCGUCAGGGCAGCCAGUUUCGACACUCGACGACAUCGAAGCCAUCGAAGCCUCUCUUGCACCCCACCUGAUCGACCCCAAACGAAGCACAACCAUUCCGCAAAUUCAGGAACACUACGCUUUCGAACUCCACCGCCAUUUUGUCAUUGCCACGCUUUGCCGACCCUAUGUUUCGAGCAGUGGAUCAACAGCGCUGAAUGACAGCGACAGGUCCCGUGUCCUCGAGCACUUUCGAGACUCUCUCCGGCGAAGUGUCCGUGCUUACGUGCGGCUGAGGUCAAUCGCAGGACACGCAAGGCGGUCUUGGGCAUUCAUCCACAAUGGAUUAACGUCUGUGCUUCUUUUGAGUUUGAUGCGAGAGACGAGGUAUCUCCCCGAGACAAGAACCCUCCAGGACGAGCUCAUCAAGAGCCUUUCCGAGGACGAAGGUGACUCCGCCUUGGCCACGGAGUCUGACUCCAACGGCCAGCUAUCGGGCACGCUACAAAAGGCCUUGAAGGCACUGAGGACUCUUAGGGCGUUGACGGAGCGCGAUGUCAACGCCCGUGACUCGAGGGUGGAGAGCAAUAUCCAGGACAUUGUCGGUCCUGGUCAUCCGCCGGCUCUCGGUGACAGGCCGGCGACAACUCAAGAGAACACGAUGGAGGCAGCAGAGGAAAACAACGAUUGGGAUAUGGGUGGUGCCAACUGGGAAUUUCCCAUUGACUUCAACAUGUCUCCUCUUGGAGCGUUCGACUACAUCAUGUCGGAUCAAUACUUUGGCGCAAGCGACCCCUUUUUGCCCAACCUAGUGUAA